AGCAACAAGUGAACCAGCCCGAGGACUGAGAGCAUCAACUGGAGAGAACCCAUCUGACUCGGAGAUUCCAGUGAUUCAGUCAGGAGAAAGUUUGGUUAAAAAUGACAAGGAAUUUGCCUACGGGAAUCUCGAACACAACACGCUAGUUUUGCUAUCUCUGUCCAGAUAUUUAAGAAGUGGAGCAAGAGAUUCACUCGAUCAUCCUUCCUGCUCAGACGGUAGGUAGGGAUUCACUCAAUCAUCUGACCAACUGACAUGCCUAUUAGUUUACAUGGGGGGAGCCCAUUCAUCUGCUCAGACAGUGGGAAUGGAUUCACUCGGUCAUCUCAACUGAAGGUACAUCAGCAAGUUCACACUGGGCAAGGCCAUUCACCUGUUCUGUGAGUGAGAAGGGAUUCAGUUGGUCUUCCCACCUGCGGACACACCAGUCAGUUCACACUGGGCAGAGGCUGGUCAUCUGAGGAAUUUGUGGAGAAGGAUUGACUCGGUCAUCUGUCCUAAUGGCUCACCAGCGAGUUCACACCGGGGAGAGGCCGUUCACCUGCUCGGACUGUGGGAAAGGAUUCACUUCCACAUAUAAGUUACUGAGACACCAGUCAGUUCACACCGGGGAGAGGCCAUUCACCUGCUCAGACUGUGGGAAGGGAUUCGCUCAGACAUCUCAACUGAAGGUACAUCAGCGAGUUCACACUGGGGAGAGGCCAUUCACCUGCUCAGACUGUGGGAAGGGAUUCGCUCAGUCAUCUCAACUGAAGGAACAUCAGCAAGUUCACACUGGGGAGAGGCCAUUCACCUGCUUGGACUGCGGGAUGGGAUUCAUUUCAUCAUAUAAGUUACUGAAACACCGGUCAGUUCACACCGGAGAGUGGCCGUUCACCUGCUCAGACUGCGGAAAGGGAUUCACUGAGUUACCUCAACUUCAGGUACAUCAGCGAGUUCACACCAGAGAGAGGCCAUUCACCUGCUCAAACUGUGGGAAGGGAUUCGCUCAGUCAUCUCAACUGAAGGUACAUCAGCGAGUUCACACUGGAGAGUGGCCAAUAACCUGCUCGGACUGUGGGAUAGGAUUCGCUUCGUCAUCCCAUUUGAAGAUACAUCAGCGAGUUCACACUGGUGAGAGGCCGUUCACCUGCUCAGACUGUGGGAAGGGAUUCACUUCAUCAUCCCAUCUGAAGAUACAUCAGCGAGUUCACACUGGGGAGAGGCCAUUCACCUGCUCAGACUGUGGGAAGGGAUUCAUUUCAUCAUCCCAUCUGAAGGUACAUCAGCGAGUUCACACUGGGGAGAGGCCGUUCACCUGCUCGGACUGUGGGAAAGGAUACUCUCAGUUAUCUCAACUGAAGGCACACCAGGGAGUUCACACCGGCGAGUGGCCAAUCACCUGCUCGGACUGCGGGAAGGGAUUUGCUUCGUCAUCCCAUCUGAAGAUACAUCAGCGAGUUCAUACCGGAAAGUGGCCAAUCACCUGCUCAGACUGUGGGAAGGGAUUCCCUUCGUUAUCCCAACUGAAGAUACAUCAGCGAGUUCACACUGGUGAGAGACCAUUCACCUGCUCAGACUGUGGGAAGGGAUUCACUCGAUCAUCCCAUCUGCAGAUACAUCAGCGAGUUCACACUGGUGAGAGGCCGUUCACUUGCUCAGUCUGUGGGAAGGGUUUCACUUCGUCAUCCCAACUGAAGGUACAUCAGCAAGUUCACACUGGGGAGAGGCCGUUCACUUGCUCAGAGUGUGGGAAGGGAUUCACUCGGUCAUCCCAACUACUGGCACACCAGCAAGUUCACACUGGGGAGUGGCCUUUCACCUGCUCAGAAUGUGGGAAGGGAUUCACUAAGUCAUCCACCUUACUGGUACAUCGGCGAGUUCACACUGGGGAGAAGCCGUUCACUUGCUCAGAAUGUGGGAAGGGAUUCACUCAGUCAUCCAUCCUAAAGGCACACCAGCGCCUUCACACUGGGUAGAGACCAAUAUGCUUGGACUUUGGGAAGAAAUUCUCUCAGCCAAAACAACCAGUGUGCAUCAUUGAGUUCACACUGGGGAGAGGCCGUUCAUCUGCUGUGAAUGUAGGAAGCAAUUCACUCAGUCAUCUAAUGUUAUGUAGCUUCCAGUUGUGCUGGCAGCUUAACAGAGGGGGUUAUAGCCCCCAGUCUGGCCAAACUGAAGAAUCUCGUUUGGGUGGAUACUGAGCGAUGUGUCCCCUGUGUAAUCUGCCCUUGGGGUUCAUACUCUCUGUGGACUGUCUCCUUAAAGUGCAAAGAGAACCGAGACUGACCUUGGACACGCUGUUGGAUUUCUGCAGAAGUGCUGGGUUGCUAUGGUGACCAGCUAAUGUUUAUGUUCUGUGUGGUUAAGCAAGGUCAGAAUGAUCCUUUACCAACACAGAACAAGCAAGCGACUUCUUACAGAGAAGUCUAUUAUCCCCCCUCCCCCCCAUCUUGUGAACUAAAUUGAAUCUACCACAUCAUUGUAAGACAAUGUCGUUUACCACCUUGGUUUUGGAUUUUAUAUACAGGUGGCUCCCGUUUUUCGGACGUUCGCUUUACGACAGCUCACUGUUACGAAAGACCUACAUUAGUACCUGUUUUUGCUAACCAAAGAGGAUUUUCACUUUUACGAUAAAGAUGAUGCCUGCUUUAUACGUGAGUUUACCCCGAGAAAGACUAGGGUGACCGUGAAGCCUUGUGCGGCAGUUGUGUACGCAUGCGUGCACGUGCCGAUUUUUUUUCUCUCCAAAUCGAUUUCAGUUCACUAUCUUCCCGAUUUUCAGUGAAACUACACCGUACAUACAAUAUUUCUACUUUAUCAUUCCUACUUUUACUAUAGGUUAGUGUUAUUUUAGGUUUUAUGUGCUAUUUGGUAUGAUUUGGUGGGUUUUCUUUGGGUCUGGGAACAUCCAAAAUCUUUUCCCAUUUAGAUUAAUGGUAAUUGCUUCUUCACUUCAUGACAUUUCGGCUUACAAAUGGUUUCAUAGUAACACUCUAGCUUUAGAUACCGGGGGAAACCUGUAUUCACACCUAUAUAUGCAUAACAUUGCUAACCCUUGGAUUAUCUGGUUUAAGUUCACUAUUAUUAGUAGUUACCAAUAAAAUUUUGUUUGUUAACUGCAAAACUAGACUCCAAGUGUGUUUAAUUGUUGCUGGUAGUUUUAUUGGUUUGCGUCUGUGUGACACCUGAAGUAACAAAUUGUACAUAAUAUGUGAUUAAACUAUUAAGAUUUAUAAUUCUUACUUUGACCAGAGGGUUAGUAAAGAAAACAAAAAAAAAGAAAAAGGGCCCAGUCUCUCCAUUCACGUCUUCUCAUCUCUCCCCAGCAAAAGGCCAUGAAAAUCUCUCUUCCAGACUCACAAGAAAGAACAUUUCUCUCAUUGGAUAGUCCCACACUCCAAAACCCUGUUAUCUCUAGUCGUAACCUAAACAUUGCUGCUGCA